CACUCAACCGCACCCAACGCACUUCCCUCUUCCUUCUCUCUUCUCUCUUCUCUCUUCUCUCUUCUCUCUUUCUCAGCAUACAAGAGAGUCGAAGAGACACCCGUCAUCCAUCUUCAUCCUCGGGCCCCGUCCUUCUCUAUUCCUCCAGCGUAUUUUGCUCGAGGCAUUCGAGGCAUCGCCACCUGGAGCCCACCCAGACGCGUCCAUCUAUCCACUUGGCGCCGCAUCAACACCCGCGCAGCCAUUGCACAACCUCCUCUACCAGGCAAGGAGCAAAUAAGAGCCUAGAGAGCACCCAAGCUUACCCCUUUACAUCCAUUCUCUACACCUUUAUCGGUUUGAGCAAACACACCUGCACACACACACACAAAACAAGUCAACCCGUGUACCCCCCUGGGAGGCCUGACAAAGCAAAUGCGGCCCUGGUUCUUGCUCGGACUAGCGACCACCCUCCUGACACAAUGCAGAGCAGCGCGUUACGACCCGCGCUACGAGCAAUGGAAUCUAAACGUCAAUAAAACAGCAACAGAAGUCCUUGACUAUGCUGCAGAUUGGCCAAAUCAUCAAUACCAUCCAUCACCGGAUAACUGGCGAUUCCCCAUCUAUACCAUUAUUGUUGAUAAAUGGGUAGAUGGUGAUCCACGCAACAACGACAUCAAUGGUACCGUCUUUGAGUAUGACUUUUACGAGACUGGUCUGCGCAACGGUGGUGAUGUCAAGGGAAUCCAAGAUUCACUCGAUUACCUACAGGGUAUGGGCAUCAAGGGACUCUACAUCUCCGGAACGCCAUACCUCAAUCGACCCUGGCAAGCUGAUCAGUACUCGCCCAUCGACUUUACCAUUCUAGACCCACACCAGGGAACCAUCCAAGAAUGGCGAAACUGUAUCGAUGAACUGCACAGGCGUGACAUGUACAUCAUCUUUGACUUGACUGUCGGCACUCUCGCAGAUCUCGUUGGUUUCACAGGCUACCUCAAUACCUCCACUACAUUCUCCCUCUAUGAGCAUGAUGCAGAGUGGAAAACAGCCAUCACCUACCCGGACUUUCAAUUCAACAACGUUUGGGAUCCAACGUGUGAAUUGCCAGAGUUUUGGGAUGACGACGGUGGUCCGGUUGUCAUUGAACUCACUGGAUGCUAUGCAUCUGAAUUUGACCAGUACGGAGAUACAGAAGCCUUUGGUGUCCACCCAAAUUGGCAGCGUCAACUCUCCAAAUUCGCCUCUGUGCAAGAUCGUCUUCGAGAAUGGGAUCCGACUGUUGGCAAGAAACUCAAUCACUAUGCUUGUCUCCUCAUUGCCGGUCUGGAUCCAGAUGCCUUUCGCCUGGAUAAAGCAACACAAAUGACGGUGGGUUUCCUUGCUGAAUGGUCAAAAAGUGUUCGUCAAUGCGCUGCCCUCUACAACAAGAAGAAUUUCUACAUCCCCGGUGAGAUUACCGGUGGUGAUUCUUAUGGUAGUAUCUAUCUCGGUCGUGGCAGACAACCCGAUCAACGACCCAAGGACUGGCAAAUGGCCAUGAACUUGACGGGUCUUGAUUCAGAAGCCGAGUACUUUUUACGAAACAAGACACUCAAUGCCUUGGAUGCUUCGGCUUUCCAGUAUUCUGUGUACCGCGCAUUGACGAUUUGGUUUGGUCUUGAAGGUGCCAUUACGGUGCCUUAUGAUAUUCGUCAAGAUUUCGUUGAAGGUUGGUUGGAUAUGGUACAAAAUGAAGAUCUCAUCAAUGCCAAUACCGGUAAAUUCGAUCCACGUCACAUGAACGGUAUGACCAACCACGAUGUGUUGCGUUGGCCAGCCGUUGAGAAUGGUGAACAGAUUCUGGCAUUGGGUUCCAUGAUUACGCAAUUGGUGUUGCCUGGUGCACCAUCGAUUUACUAUGGUGAAGAGCAAGACUUGUACAUGCUCGAUAAUACCGCCAACAACUAUCUCUUUGGUCGUCAAUCCAUGACAAGUUCAAUGGCCUGGUAUAUUCAUGGUUGUUACUCCUUGUCUUCUCAGCAGUACCCGAAUUUGCCAUUGAAAAAGGCACGCGACGGGUGUCAUGACUUUUUGAAUGCGCAAGAUCAUCGCGAUGUCUCUGCUGCACCGAGAAACGGUCUCAUUGCCUUGCAUGAAAUUCGUGACAAUUACCCCGUUGCACAUGAUGGGUUUUGUCUUGAAAAUCUGGGAAAUUGGUCGAUUGCUGGUAGUGAAGUGGCUGGCUUGCAUUCAGUACAUCGAUUUGCAUGUCCAGGACAAACCUUCACAACUGGUAAGAAGAAUCAAGAUUUGUGGUUCUUGUAUGUCAAUGCCAAUGUCUCUACGCAAUGGUCACCAUCGUGUUCUGCUGCAGAUGCUAUGAUUGCACCACCUGUGACCUUCCCACCCAACACGGUCGUACGCAAUUUGGUGUAUCCAUUCGAUGAGUAUACCCUGUCUGCUGGACCCAAUGCAACAACGGGUUGUUUACCACAAAUCAAUAUCGAUCCGUAUGGUUUCAAGAUUUUCGUGCCGAAGCCAGCGGCCAUUCAACCACGACCCGUCAUUACACGUCUUUCACCUGGUCAUGAUGCGCGUAUUGUAUCGACUGGUUCAGCAACUGGACAAACACUCAAUUAUGUGCUUGAAUUCAGCAAUGAGAUGAGUUGUGAUUCAGUGGGUAAAGCACUCUCCAUCAAUUCAACAACACUGGAUGGCACACAACCCAUCAUUGGCUCGUACGUGUGUUCCCUCUUCCCCUUUUCUCGAGCAGCAACGGUUGUUGGUGCACCACCCAGUGUUUGGCAAAUCAACGCCACCAUCACGAACUUGUUUGAGGGCAUCCAUGAAAUUUCCAUCGGCAAGGCACAAACACAAUCGGGUAACGGUACGACUCUUGGCUUCGACCAUGCAUUGUUCAGGAUUGGCAAGGCGGAUAAUCCAUUGGUGUUCCCAUUGACUUCCAAUUACACAACAACGGCUAUGAAGAAAGGGUCAGGUGGUAUGCUUACCAUUGAAGCCAAUGCAGCUGGUGCUGAUCUCUGGCGUUACUCGCUUGAUUGGGGAACGACAUGGUCCAACUGGACGUCCUACGGUCCAGGUUUGAAGAAUAUGCCUGUUACCAAGAAAUGGAAAGGCUCAAAGAAGCAGCGUUGGCAGGGUGAUCAUGCCAUUUUGCAGUAUUGGUCAAGAAUGGCUGGUUCAAGCUCGCAUCAGCAACAUGCUGAUCUCGAUGGACCCGGUGAUCAUCGUUCCUUCCCACACAUGUUCAUCAUGGGACCCUUCAAUGAAUGGGGAUAUGAUGCCGGUGCACGAAACCAGCUGUCCUUGGAGAAAUCCGGUAAUUGGACCAUCAACUUUGUCUCUGAAGCGUACCCAUCGAGACUUCAAUUCAACGUUUGGGGAAUCAAUCCAGAUGGCAACCCUGAUGCAUCAUGGGUGUAUGGUACGCUGGAAAAUUCCUCCGUUAUCGAACGUGUUCCUCCCUCGGCGCUCGGCAGCAACAUCUUCAACAUCUCUACUGAACCGCGCUCGCCACAUCUUGGUUGGGAGUUGCAAUUGAAUGAUUUGACGCGUCGCAUCUACCUCAAACCCAAGGGUAGCUACAUUGUCGCCAUCAUCAUUUACUUCUUGUGUCUCUUUGUGCCUCCAUUGACGGCGUUGCUUGCAGCACUCAUCUUCAAGGGGUCCUUCUAUGCUGUCAAGUUCAACCAAGAGGGCCGCUCCAAUGUGCGCAACUUUAUUCCACUGUUGCCAUUCAGUAAGAGCAAGAAGGACCAAGAUCAAGGGUUCAUGACGGAUCCAGCCAUCAACAGUCCAGGCCUCGGUACUGGUGCUCUUGGCGGACUCGGUCCAAUGACUUAUGAGAAUGGUGCACGCAAGACUGUAUUGAUUGCUACACUCGAGUACAAUAUUGAAGAUUGGGGCAUCAAGAUCAAGAUUGGUGGACUCGGUGUCAUGGCUCAAUUGAUGGCAACCAACUUGAAGCAUCAAGAUUUGAUUUGGGUUGUGCCUUGCGUUGGGGAUGUGAAUUACCCAGAGGGCGAAUAUCACCCACCCAUGGAAGUCAAGAUUCUCGAUCAAAUCUACCAAAUCAACGUCUCAACGCACAUCAUCAACAACAUCACCUAUGUUUUGCUCGAUGCUCCAGUUUUCAGGCGACAGUCGACGAUUGAGCCGUACCCUGCACGCAUGGAUGAUCUCGAGAGUGCCAUCUUCUACUCCGCCUGGAACCAAUGUAUUGCCGAGACCGCCCGUCGUUUCCCCGUGGAUCUCUAUCACAUCAACGAUUACCACGGUGCACUCGCACCACUCUACCUCUUACCAGAUCUCAUGCCGUGCGCAUUGUCGUUGCACAAUGCCGAGUUUCAGGGAUUAUGGCCGUUGCGUACACCAGAGGAACGUGAUGAAGUGUGUGCCGUUUACAACAUCUCACCACGUCUCUGCCAAAAGUACGUUCAGUUCGGUAACGUCUUCAACUUGCUCCAUGCCGGUGUCUCAUUCUUGCGUAUUCAUCAAAAGGGCUUUGGCGCAGUCGGUGUGUCGACCAAGUAUGGUAAGCGUUCUUGGGCGCGAUACCCAAUUUUCUGGGGUCUCAAGAAGAUUGGUAAACUACCGAAUCCCGAUCCAACUGAUACUGCCGAUAUUGGUGCACCGACCGUCAAGAAUGGUAAAGUGGUACCAAACUCGCAAUUCGAGGAGAAUCGAAAGCAUCUCAAGCGUGAUGCGCAAGAAUGGGCUGGUCUGCGUGUUGAUCCUUCAGCAGACUUGCUCGUCUUUGUUGGACGUUGGUCGAUGCAAAAAGGUAUUGAUUUGAUUGCUGAUAUCGUGCCAACACUUGUGGAGGAGUUUAAUGUGCAAGUCAUUUGCGUUGGACCCAUCAUUGAUCUUUAUGGAAAAUUCGCUGCCGAAAAGCUGGCUCGAUUGAUGGAGAAGUACCCGGAACGUGUCUACUCUCGACCGGAGUUCACAGCGUUGCCACCUUACAUCUUUUCCGGUGCAGACUUCACCCUCAUUCCAUCGCGUGACGAGCCUUUCGGUUUGGUUGCCGUGGAGUUUGGUCGUAAAGGUGCUCUUGGUAUCGGUGCUCGCGUCGGCGGUCUUGGUCAGAUGCCUGGAUGGUGGUACACGGUUGAGUCUAGCGCAACAACUCACUUGCUCUCACAAUUCGAGUCUGCCUGUCGCCAAGCGCUCUCAUCCAACGACAAGACACGCGCAUUACUCCGUGCCAAGUCGGCCUUGCAGCGUUUCCCCGUGCAAGAAUGGAUUCAAAAAUUGGAUGCCUUGCAGGCUGGUUGUAUCAAGAUGUGCAAGAAAAAGACUGGCGGCAACACGAAGAACCGUGGAUCCGUCUACUCACUCUUCCCACCCGAGUCUUCUGCCUCUGUGUCGAAUCUUGGUAUGCACCAAAACAACUCGCAAGUCAACCUUCCACCUGGUUUCACAAAUAUGCCCAACGCUUCAUCACCCGUCAUCUCCAUCCCAGACGAGCAACGCACGCCCGAGCAGUUCCAGCACGCACACUUCAAUGCUGCUGCACCGCACGAGCCUGGACAACCAACAGACCCAUAUGCUGCCGGCGGCGCCAACUUGCGUCGUCAGCUCUCCUUGGGCUCACGUCGUGGUCCUGGUCAUCGCAAUGAGCCCCAAACAGUCUUGCCUCGCGAUGUCAACGGCGAGUUGAUUGCAAUUGACGAGGAGGAGAUGUUUGAGUCGGACCAAGAAGGCGACCUCAUCCACCCUGAUCAAGUGCGUGGAGCAUUCCGUGGAUAUGGCGGAUUCGGUUCUCCAAGUGAGGACGGAUAUGAGUCUGAGGACCAGUUUGACCCGCAGCGCAGCACAAUGUAUGAAGUGAUGGAUGAUGACUCUGUUCGCGAAGGCGGCCGUGGUUUCUACGGACACUCCAAUGCAAGUUCUUCCAUGUCCUUGUCCCAAAUGGCCAACGUACCCUAUGGUCGCCGUCGCUCUGUCGUCGGCGAAUUCGCUUCACCGCCGCAAACACCACCCAUGUCUCCUUCGCUCGGCAACUCUCAACGUCACUUGAUUCCUCGCGGUGGAAAUGACUCUCGUCUCUCGCUUGCCAGCGUCAUGACUGGUUCUGGUGGCAAGGACUUUUCGCUUACAAAAGUGCAAGAGCGUUUCACGGACGAGGAUGGUAUGUGUCUGCGUGCCUUUUCGUCAGAGCUGCGCGACUUGAACCCAAAGAACUCAAAGCACGAACUGUGUAUUGAGGAAUACUUGAUCAAGUCGGAAAAGUCAUUCUUUGCUGAUAUCAAGAAUGAAAAGCUGGGAUUCAAGCCAAAGGUCAAGAAGGGCGAAUUCUCCCGACGCGGCUCUUUGGAGUCUUCGCGAGCAUCGAGCUUCAGUGGCGAUACACAUGGUCCUCAGCGCGACCUCGGUAGCCCUGAAUCGUCGUACCAUCCACACUCGCCUCUCUUCAUGGAUCCCAAGACACGCGGCAUUGCUCGCUUCAUGCAGCGCACGCUCGGUGAAUGGCCCAUCUACACCAUCUUCUUGGCCAUUGGCCAGAUUCUGGCAGCGACAUCUUACCAGCUCACUCUGCUCUCGUCUUCUACUUCCCAGUCAGCUGCACAACUCUACACGAUCGGUAUUGUCUUCAUGUUUGGUACCGUCUUUUGGUGGACAAUGUACCGUCUUUUGCCCGCUGUCUGGUGUCUAUCUGCGCCGUUUGCCUUCUACAUGGUGGCCUUCUUCAUGAUUGGUCUUCCUGGAUUCUCGGCACUGUAUGGUGCUCGAGACUGGAUCAAUGCCAUCGGUACCUGGUUCUAUGCAGUUGGUUCUGCUUCGGGAUCGUUGUACUUUGCCCUCAACUUUGGUGACGAAGGUGGUGCAAGUACACAAACUUGGAUCGUUCGUGCCUGCAUGGUGCAGGGAACCCAGCAAAUCUGGGGAUCUGCUCUGUGGUACUGGGGAGAGAAGUUGACCGCUGAUACUUCGGAUGAGACACUUGCUGGUGCAACGCAACAGACUGAGAUUGCCGUCACGGGUAUUGUGCUUUUCUUGGCCGUUUUCAUGGCUGCAACUGGUCUCUUGCUUGCCAAGGGGUUGCCAGACUACUACCGACAACUUCCUGGCCGUAUUCCUGCCUUUUACAUCUCCCUUGUCAGGCGAAAGCUUGUCUUGUGGUUCAUGGUAGCCACAAUCUUACAGAAUUACUGGCUUUCUACGCUCUACGGUCGUUCUUGGCGUUAUCUUUGGAGUUCUCCCUACAUCAACACUGGUGUCAUCUUUGCCCUGGUCAUUGUCUUCUUCUUGAUUAUCUGGGGCAUCAUUCUCUAUGGUCUUGCGGUGAUUUCAAAGACACACUCCUGGACCAUUCCUGUUGUUGGCAUUGGUCUCGGUGCACCUCGGUGGGCACAGAUGCUAUGGGCUACGUCAAACAUUGGUCAAGCGAUGCAAUGGGCCGGCCAAGCAGGACCGUACUUGGGUCGUUGCUUGUGGUUGUGGCUUGGUGUUUUGGAUGCGAUUCAGGGAGUCGGAAUCGGUAUGCUGUUGCUACAGACGCUGACGCGCGCCCAUGUUGCAACUACGCUCAUGGCUGGUCAAAUGCUCGGUGCUGUGGCGAUGCUUGUUGGUCGUGCAUCUGCCCCGAAUGCCAUUGGUCCGGCGGACACGUUCCUGGACUUUGCCACCUGGACACCUUCAGAAGAAGGAGCAGCCAUCUUUGCGAGCGUCAGCUUCUGGCUCUGUUUGUUCUGCCAGAUUGUUAUUUGCAUUGGCUACCUCGUGUACUUCAGGAAGGAGCAGCUGUCGAAGCCGUAAAGGGGCUUUCUUUGUUGAUCAUGAUAGAAUUGAUGCGUUUUCAUUACUCGUAGCUAUAGCAUGAAUGGAUACUUAAGCUAUU